AUGUACUAUAACUCUAUAAGUAUUCUACCCAAGAAAAUUGGAGAUAAGAUAAUAGUAGUGCGUUUAUGUGCUGUCAGUCAGUGGUGGUGGCGGAGGCAUGCAGAUGAGCACUACUGUGGCGAUGGCUACCACUAUGAACCAGUAGCCAGGUUACGAGCAGAUGGUGAUGAUGAUGGAGAUUACGACUAUGCUCCAGCAGCAUCAGAGGGAGAUGGCGAUAAUGAUGAUGGAGAUUAUGACUACGCCCCAGCAGCAUGA